GGUGAUGUUUAAUUUCGAGCAAAUGCAACAUGGCAGUUGGCUGCGUCGUGUUUUGAUAGAAGUCACAAAAUUUCGACGAUCAAAACGACAUUUUCCAAAUUUGUAGUGUUGCAUCUUGAAAUGCCCACAAACGAAACUCAUAAUUUAAAGGUCGUCCUUAGAGUUCGUCCACUGCUGCGACGCGAAUCGAAACAAACCAAACGAAAUGUGAUACGGAUUGUCGACGAAAACACAAUCAUUUUCGAUCCGACUGAUGGUGAAAUGAAUGCGGACUAUGACAUCAGUCGGGGCUACGCCAGUUUUGCUAGAAAGAAUUUGAACUUGUCAUUCGACCGAGUUUUCGGAAGCGAAGCGACGAACUUUGAUAUCUUCGAAUAUGCUAUGCGACCACUUGUUUCGGCCGUGUUGAAUGGGUACAAUUGUAGUGCUUUCGUGUAUGGCGUUACUGGUGCCGGGAAAACUUAUACGAUGUUAGGAACUGAUCGUCAUCGUGGUGUGGUGUAUUCGACGGUUGACGAACUGUUCAAACAAAUAGAGCCGUUAAGCGACAAGAGUUCCUUUGACGUUCGUAUUUCCUACGUAGAAGUUUACAAUGAACAGGUGAGGAAUCUGUUGACGAAAAGUGGUCCACUGAAGCUAAGAGAACAUUCAACUGGUGUUGUAAUAGACGGGGUCGCUCCACACCCGAUUUGCUGUUGUGACGACGUCAUCGGUCUACUAUCAUUCGGAAAUCAUAAUCGUGCACAGCAUCCAACCGAUGCCAAUUAUAAAAGCAGCCGAAGUCAUGCAAUAUUUCAGGUGCAUGUCGUAUCGACGAAUAAGAAAAGUGGCCUGAGUCGGGUCGUAAAAUUGUCGAUGAUCGAUCUGGCCGGCAGUGAGCGUGGCUCGAAUGCCAGUCACAUGGACCAAAGGUUCAAGGAGGGCACAUGCAUCAACAAGUCGCUAUUGGCGCUGGGAAAUUGCAUUAAAAAAUUGGCCGAAGGAUCGAAACACAUUCCGUACAGAGAUUCGAACAUGACACGAAUACUGAAAGACAGUCUCGGCGGGAAUUGUAAGACUGUGAUGAUUGCGAAUGUAUCACCCGCAGAGCGUUCAUACAAUGAGACGUAUAAUACGUUGAUCUAUGCAAGCAGCGCUCGGCAGAUUCGUACAGCUGCCGCAACGAAAACGCAACUGCAGACCAAUUUGCCCAAAGAAUAUUAUGCAAACAAUCUGGCGGCUCAGAUAUCUGAGACUGAACAACUGCAGGAGCGUAUCCAAAGUCUGGAAAAGCAAGUGUCGUCACAGGCGAAAGUAAUUGAGAAUUAUGAGAGUGCUCAGCAUGGUUUGGUGAAACUUGUGAAGAAGAUUGAAACAUUGAAGCGUAAAAUUGAUAGAUCGUACCACGAUUUGCUAUCAACGCGGCAGCGAAAAUGAUAUUUUUUCCCCGUGAUUUUAUGUCCUCCAUUACCCCUAGUAAAAUUGUCAAUUCUAU